UCCCGUCUACAGGUAGUGCAACUGGGGAUGUAGGGAUGGAGAGAUACCAAAGAAUAGACAAAAUCGGAGAAGGUACGUAUGGUGUCGUUUACAAGGCGACAGAUAAGGCAACUGGCGAAAUAGUCGCACUGAAAAAAAUACGGCUCGAAGCGGAAGAUGAAGGCAUUCCAUCGACGGCUAUCAGGGAAAUAUCACUUUUGAAAGAGCUGCAACAUCCAAAUAUCGUGCGCCUUUACGAUGUUGUUCAUACAGAGCGUCGGUUGACACUUGUAUUUGAGUAUCUGGACCAGGACUUAAAGAAGUACCUUGAUAUUUGCGAGGGUGGGCUCGAGGCAACCAUACUCAAAAGUUUCUUAUACCAACUUCUUUGUGGUGUUGCUUUCUGCCACACACAUCGCGUGCUUCACCGCGAUCUCAAGCCACAGAAUCUUCUCAUCAAUCGUGAGGGUAAGUUAAAGCUUGCUGAUUUUGGUCUGGCGAGGGCUUUUGGUAUCCCUGUCCGCAGUUAUACACAUGAGGUUGUAACUUUAUGGUAUCGUGCACCGGAUGUGUUGAUGGGAUCACGGACAUAUUCAACCCCAGUCGACAUUUGGUCUGUCGGAUGUAUUUUUGCAGAGAUGGCCACAUCAAAGCCCCUGUUUGCAGGGACAUCGGAAUCAGACCAGCUAAAGCGCAUCUUUAAGACGCUCGGUACGCCGUUGCCUCACACGUAUCCUUCUGUCGUAGAGCUUCCCGAUUACAAUCGUGAUCCAGAUAUCAUGCAAUACCCAACACCUCGUUCUUUUGCUGAUGUCGCGCCGCAGAUAGAUCCCACGGGCCUGCAUCUUUUAGCACAAAUGCUCACCUAUGAUCCCGUCCAGCGUUGCUCGGCUGCUGAUGCCAUGAAACAUGAGUAUUUCAGCGCUGACUCUAUCAAGCAGCAGGCACCGAAAUAAUGCACCAGGGCACUGGGAGGCCUGAACGUCCUGGAUAUACGAAUGGCAAUGUUUUUUUGGUUGGCCAUAGCCGGGCCAUAGCAUGAACGCGGGGAAUUCGAUGCGCUCCGGUUUUAGCCCCGACCGGGGGCCCGGCGCCUGAAUAAAGCAGCGGGCCCGCAAGUAAAGCCUGAGCAAAGUCCCUGGCCGCCGGUGUAGGCCGUCGGCGCUGUGUUGGAAAUUCGACUGUAAGGGAAUGUAGGCUCCUUCACUAUAGACUAGAAAGGUAGAUAUUUACACUGCCCGCUAAUCCCGGGAUCUAGCAACACUAAGUUGGCGAGCUGCCUAUGCAACUCCCAGGCUCCUCGGUC